AUGACCAGUUCGGUAUUCAGAACUUUGGUUUUUACGGAAAAGUUUGACGUAGUUCUCGUGGCGCUGACUUGGUACGGAGCACACGUGGCAUCCUUAAUCCUUCGAAUUCACAUAAACAAUGGAGUGUGUGAAGAGGGUCACUGUCCUCAGCCACCUCCAACUCCUUCCUCAGCCUCUAACAAUCUCCCCGCCACCUUCACAUCCCUCAACAGCCUCCUCUCCCUCUCCAACACUGCUCUCCAAGUUACUCCUCCCUCUCCCAACCUAACAACCAACCUCAUCCCAUGCCCCUUUAACCCCAACCACCUCCUGCCCCCUGACUCCCUCUUCCACCACCACCUACGCUGCCCCUCCUCUCCUUGCCCCAUCCCCCUCCCUUUCCACUCCCUUGCUUACCCUAACACACUCUACUCCCCUCCCAACCGCACCCUCUCACUCCAACCGUUCUUACACUUCACCUCCAACUUUUUUUACCGCCAUUGCCCCAGUGUUGUUUCCUUCUCCAACGCCAAUUCUCUCACCACAGAAACCCUCACCCUUCCAUCCCCCCUCUCUCUCAGUUGCACCGAUUCGAUAAACAACAAUUUCGAUUACCGGAGUUUGCGUUUUCGCCUCCUUCCUUCUGAAUACUGCGCAAUUAUGCGCGAACUAGAAUCGUGGAACGAUUUUCCCCCUAAGCACUCAGACUCUAUUCUUCGCGCCAUUUUAGGUUUAGGGUUUGCGAAGGAGUGUGACCUGGCGCCGUGGAUAAUAGCGAACUCACCUCGAUACGGCGUCGUAAUAGACUCGCCUAUGCAGAAACACAUAUUCUUGCUGUGUUGUCUGUGCCUCAAAGCGAUUCUGAGAGAAGCUCUUGCUUCUUACAUGGAGAAGCGAAACUCCGAGUGCUCCGUUUUAAACGAGGCACUGACGUGGCUGCAAUCUCAAGUUUCAAUCUUGUACGGUGCGAUUAAUGGAAAGUACUUCAUUCUUAAUUUCCUGAAGCAUUGUGUUUUAGUUGGCGCUACCUUGCAUUUGCUGUUUCCUUUAGGGGGCUUCGAUGAUUCGAAAUCUGAUAAUAGAAACGAGGAAGAGAUCAAUUGUGUAGUCAAAACAAAGAUUUUCGAGUCUCAGAUUUCGGCAGCUGUUGCAGCAUUGCAUGAGCGGUCUUUGCUUGAAGGCGAAAUUAGGAGAAUAUGGUUCUCUCAUCAGCCAAGUAAACAGCAGCUGUUUGCUGAGCACUGUUAUCUGUCUGAGAGAGCAAGUGAGGAGCGGGGAAAGCGUGUUGAUUAUAGGCCUGUAAUUGAUCAUGAUGUUCUUCAUCGGCAGAAGUUGGCAAAACAGGAUGCAUCUAGACAAAAGACAAGAGAGGAAUUGCUAGCUGAAGAAAGGGAUUACAAACGUCGGAGAAUGUCUUACCGUGGGAAGAAGAUACAGUCAUCAGCUAUACAGGUGGCAAGGGACUUGAUAGAGGAAUACAUGGAGGAAAUCAAGCAGGUUGGAGGGGUUGAGAAUCCUGUGAAAGUUUCUGAAGAAAAUGAGAUGUUUCAAUCUAAACCUCCCUCUGGUGAUGUCAUUCCUGUGGAAGUUAAUAAUUCAUGGAAAACUGCUUAUGACUCACAUGCAGUGAUAAUCACUAACUCAAGUUACAUUGAGCAAAGAUCAUACACUAAGUGCUCUGAAAAAACAAAACCUGAGGAGGAUAUGCCUUCUAGACAUAAUGAGCAACAUAGAAGACAACAUUACAUGAGCCAUGAUUAUGUAGGAGAGAAACAGAAUGCUGGUAAAGUGAAAUAUGAUAAAGAUAAUGAUUCUGCAAAACCUGAUAGACACAGAAGUCAUAGCCAAUCAUAUGAGCAUAGCCAUCAUCAUCAGAAGCAAGAUUACUCAAAAAGAAAGAAGUAUGAUUACUCAUCAAGAGCUAGGGAUAGGUGGCAAAAGGACUCAGACAGGAAUAACGUUUCAGACUCUUCCAUGAAGGAUGCAUUUUCAGAUCGAUACAUGCCUUCAGAAUCUUGAUAAUUGUGAGGAUGACAUCUCUUCUGUUGCCAAAUAUACCAAGCCUGAAAGAUUGUCAUAAGGAACUUUGUUCAGAAUGUCUUGGCUAGCUAGAAUUGUUAAGUUUUUUCUCCCGUUGUAUUAACUUAUCAAGCUUCAGCAAUUUUACCAAUGUAUCCUUCUUUGUAUCCUUAACUGUGAAAGUACAUCUCUAAGAAAUCUUUCUUUGUUGUGUAGUCUUUCUGUUCUUUAUCAUUAAUCUCAAGGUAAAAGCAAACAAAAUGCCAAUUAAGUCAACAGCAAUUAAAUCUAUUACGUAACUAAAUUUUCUAAUUCACUACGUGAUUGUUUACUCAUAUUUUUUAUUGUAAUCAAUUAUGUUAUGCAUGUGCUAGGAUAAAAUUGUAAUGGGGGAUAUUGGAUAAUAUUCCUUGUUUUUGCUAUUAAACUAUUUGACUAUUGAAAGAGCAAUAUGGUAUUUAGUUAUUAAUGUGAAGCAGCUCUACUGACACCUUAACACUUAACAGUCUUAUGUUUUUUGAUGUCUCAAUAAGCACUGAUUGGAUGUGAAUUAUUGUUUUUUCGUCUUUUCAUUUUUUCAAAUCAAUAAUAGUUUGCCUCCUGUUUACUGCCAGUCUCUUCUAAACCAUAGCUUAGAACAGUCCGGUGGAAAGGUUAUCAUUUAAAACCAUGUAUUUAUUAGAAGAAAAUUUAUUAAGUGUUUCAGCAUUAUGUGAUGUCUAUAUGUCUUUUUACUUGGCUAGCUACUCUUUUGCUCUGAUUUCAAACCUGCUAGAACCAACAGAAUGUGUCAGUAUUCUUGCAGUUUUUCCCCCUCCAUUUUCUUGCAACACAGAUAAAGGAUUGGUUUGUUUAGAUUUUAUGAUUUCUUAUUUUUUUUAAGUUACAGCUACAUAUAUGCAACUCCAUCUUACUCUGGAUUUCCUUUUUUUCUCCCCGUUGCUGCUUUGAACAUGUUGCUUAUAUUACCUGUUUAUGUUCUGAGUACUUUUUAUUUCUUAUUAAGUCUGACAUAACCACUUAUUCUGACCUGAUGAUGUAUUGCUUCUCCGAUUCCAGAGUGUUUUGCCUCUGAUAUCCUGCCUUUAUAGUUACUCAAUAUCCUAUUUGGCAUCUUGCUUCGUCAAUUACAUUUAAUUCUGAUAUGGUUCCUAGAUAUACUUCUAUUCCUCCUCCAUACACUGCCUUGUCAAUUCUUUCUUAUUGUGUCCACUAAGUUCUGUAAUAUAUGAUAUAUUUUAAUAGAAAAAAAUUUCCUGGCAAGUUGAGGUUGCUUAUAUCCUUGUUAGUUGGUGCUUUUAACUUGAGGUGUGCCCUGUAUAUUCUUUCUUUAUGUCUUCUGUUCGAUCUGAUGAAGGAGGUUUGCAAAAUUGUUACGACGAGAAGAUAUGUCACGUUGUGAAAAUGUGAACAGGUUUUCUGAGUCUAUUGAGGUCCAGAUGCUGCAAUAGAUGAACUCUGUUCAACCUUUAAAAUUAGUUUUACUAAUUUAUACAUUUACAUAAUCUUUACAUUGGUCUAAAGAUGUUUGGCGUUUCGAUGGCCCAAAAAUAUUUUAAAUUUUUUAUUAAAAAACUGUGAAAAUACCUAACAUACCCUCUAGUUUA